AUGGCGGGCAUUCUCUCUCAAGUCCCUGUAGUUAACAGACUAUUGGGACUCUAUUCCAGUCGUCAGGCGAUCAACGUACCUUCAGUUGAGAUUCAUCACAUUGAGACAGACCCGGACAAGCGGGCAAGAUGUCUCAAGCAUUUAAUCAAGGCGAACCAUGCCAAUUACUCCAUCGUCUAUCACAACCUUCAAUACGAUAACCACAACGCUCAUAUUCUCAGUUCGGCAUACCUAUUAGGAGCAAGUGUUUCUCAGAUGAAUGAUAUCUAUGACAAGGAAAUCAAAGAACUGGAUGCAUGGGUACCUUCGCCUGCUGAAGUUGGUGAAGAUGACUGGCAGCAGCUCAGAGGCGACAAGAGAUAUCAGCGUGCUUUUGUGGACUUUUUCGAAGACAAGUUUGUUAUGCGAUUCAAAUACGAUUGGCGUCAAGAGAUGGAACACUAUCUAUUCACCGGCGAUGAACCCUUGUUUCACGGCCUGAUCGGUGGUCUCGGACACCCUCUUAUUCACCUGGGGUAUGCUUUCGAGAUGGACUGUAAGGAACUUGCCAUGGAAGCUUUGGGACUUUCCUGCGUCCAAUACAACUUCUUCCACAAGUACCUCGACAACCAGGCAUACACCAGACAAGCGCCUUUCACCUCGGCAUCUCCACUGGAGCUUCUCACCAAACUGUCCAAGGAUAGCCGGUUCGAUUCCAUCAGCCCUGAAUUGGAUGACAUGGAAGAACUCUUCAACAAGCAUGAGGAUAUCAUCCUGGAAUACUGGAACGCCUGGGAGAUCAAUGAUCCUUUGAAGCAGUUCGAGUUGUCACAAGAAGCUGCGGCUGCUCUACUCGUUGCGACAGUCAAGCCAGGCACACAUGCAUUCAACUUCCUACUUGUGCACCUGCUAACAACUAGCCAUGCCGUUCGAAUUCUGCUGCCUUUCAUCCCUGAGAAGUACCAUAUUACUCUCGUCCGAGAAUGGUGGCUGCUCGUCCUGGGUAUCUUUAUCGUGAAGGGUCGACCUCUUCCUGAUCCGGACAAUGUUGAUAGCGAUCUCAAACAGCGAGGCUGGAAGUAUGUCGAGGACAAGGCUUUGAACUCUGACUGGGCCACUGAUGCUCACUACGUCAAAGCUAUCCGUGCUUUGAAGGAAGCAUCCAGAACCUGGGGUGAUGUUCACGACCGCUACCUUCUGUCCGCUCUCACUUUUGUGGACAACUUCCAGGGAUGGACAUUUUGA